AAUUAAAAUAAUGUACCCACUUAGCCAAACGGAAGUCCAACCUAGAAUUCGCUCACCGCUUGAAUGAGCUUGCUAACAGCGUUUCAUGCAGUCUUCCGAGGCGUGUUGUGAGAGUUUUCUCGUUCUAAAUUUCAUACUAGAGCUGGAAUUGGAUUGUUUCAACCACCACUGUAAUUACCCACACGCGACACGGAGGAGAACGAUCGGAUAGUGAAUCCUUGUCUUUGCCGCGUGUGAUCUCUGUCUUAGCACAAUUUGCAUUGCACCGAGGCGUCAGAAAGCCAAGAGGCUGUGGACUCUAAACUUGCAGCAGCCCCAGAGUGUGUCCUGAGGGGUGGCAAUUGGAUCGUUGUUAUAAUUAGGCUGGAGCAUUCAGUAGCAGCUCCCCAUGAUCAGAUCGUAUAUUCACUUGGUGGCAGGGAUGCAGAAGCAUGCGAGCACAUUGGAGACGGUGACGACCGAAAGGAAGGCAUGGUUGGAAAGAAGCCAUGGGGAGGAGGGAGAGUAAAGAUUAUGCCAAACGAGUAGCGAGGAGGCUGGCAGUAUCUUCUUCAUCGGAGGGUAUCUGAAACAUGCAUCCUACACAGAUGCUGCUGCAGACAGUUUAGCGCCAAAUCAUGUCCCCCAUUCUGCUUCGUGGCUCGCGUACCCUUCCAUGGUUUGUUGGGUUCCACGGCUUUUUUAUAAUCCGAGUCUUUCCUACUGCACUGCUCCGUUGUCGUUGAAAAUGGGUUCAGCUUGUUGCAGUAGUGGUUUCAAGAAGCUUGUGUAGGAUUUUGUAGGAGCGGAGUUGUAUGGUGACAUCAAAUACAGAGAGGGACAAAAGACACAGACGAAUUGUGUUGCGGUGUACGUUCGGUGUCAGGAAGUUAUUAGCUCCGUUGGGUUUACUUUCUGGUGAGACUAAUUGUGGUGCACGUCGGCGAGACCAUUGUGUCGGACUGCUGAAAUUCCUCCGGUUAUGAGUGAUGGUUUGGAACGGCCAUUAGAAGUCGUCGGUGGCCUUUUGGCUGAUCACCCAUUUUAGCUAUUAUGCAGAAUGGAUUUGGUGGAUAAUUGCGUCCGGGUUGCUCUGGGGUGUAUUGUGCCUUGGAUACCCUUGAGGAGUGGUUGUAGAGGGGGUGAUUAGGACAGCGCGCUAAAGCUUCGUUUGGAAGCUAUCACAAUAGCGUCACUUGGAGUUGGGUGAAUUUCUCUCUGGAGGUUUGACGCAUUUUGAUUGAAUGUCGUUGAAUUGUCGAGCAAACAGCAUAUUGGUUUCUUUCUGAAUCCAUAAACAAGAAGACUGUUGUGUACUCCACAGAGAUUUCAUCACUGAAGACUUCGCGAUAGGAUGGGGAUAUCAUAUCAAGAGGUAUUUCAACAAUUUAUUCUGCCAGAGGCGUUGAUCUGACGAUUGUACAAGGUCCAAGUACGGAUGUUCAUGGUUUCCCAUUGAAGUGGGUGAGGUGGCCAUGACUGCAGCAGAUCAGGAUCCUGUGCUCAGAAGGAUUUCGGUGGACCUACGGAUGAGGAAUCCAGUUAGCAGCUGAUAAGAUUUUAUCGGUUAAUUUGCCAUGGCAGACACCGAAACAGAGCUGCAGAAACUGAUGAGAAAGAUGUAUAUUUGUCCAGUCUCUCAGAGACCUGUCCAAGCAUCCGAAAAUACCUACAGCCCACGCUCUGUAGGAAGUCCACAAUGGCUUCAAAGCCCUAAACCUCCACCGGGCUCCAGUUUUGGCAAGCCUCCGCAGCUUCAUGCCCAGAUGUGUGCAACAUUAGCUGCACUUGUGAAACGUAUGCACGCCAUUGGGCCUUCUCUGGAUUCUGAGCGUGGUCGAUUUCGUAAAGCAGGAGUUCAGUCACUUUGUGCUUUGCAACUGGCUCUAGACAAGGCUCGGCUACUCCUUAAGUACUGUUCAGAUUCCAGCAACCUGUACUUGGCUGUCAAAGGGGAAUCUAUGUUGGCACGGUUUGAAGAGGUAAAAGUAGGGCUAGAGACAAGUCUGCGACGAAUAUCAGUUCUAGUUUCGCAAGAGCUUGCCUCUCAGAUCAAUGAGGUUCAAGCUGAGUUGGGUCGAACUCGGUUCCAGCUGGACCCUGAUGAGAAGAAGAUAGGGGCUGAUAUUAUUUCCUUGCUACUUCAGAAGCAAAAGGGGUCUCUAUAUGAGAAUCCUGAAGCUGAGGAAGAAACCUUCAGCCAAGUUGCUAUUCGGCUAGGUUUAGUGACAGCGGAUGCUAUCCUGGCUGAGAAACGCGCCCUGAAACGAUUACUUCAGAAAGCACGAUACGAAGAAGAUCGUCGGAAAGAGCUAUUCAUCUUCCACAUACUACAGCUUAUGAAGAAGUACAAUAAUGUUCUCCGAACAGAGAAUGUUAUGCAAUCAAACGGGGACUUGUCCCGUUGGCUUGUUUCGGACAGAGGUUGGGGUUCGGGGAAACUUUCUGGAAGCGGGGAGUCAGAUACGGAUAGGAUUAACUCCCCACGAGUUUAUCGAAGCUGUUCAGACUGUCGUUGCUCUGACAUGGCGUUUCUUGAAACUGUAGAUAGAUCGGAGGAUCCCGACUGUUCCAGCCCGAGAACUCCUCGAACACCACGAACUCCGCGGACUCCUGAAACUCCUCUUGCGCCAGAAGAGCUUCGGUGUCCCAUAUCUCUGCAGCUGAUGUCGGAGCCCGUCAUUGUUGCAUCGGGACAGACGUAUGAGAGACUCUGCAUUGAAAAAUGGUUUCGAGAGGGUCAUGUUACGUGCCCCAAGACGAGACAGACCUUGGCGCACCUCAACCUCACGCCGAAUUAUUGCAUAAAAGGACUGAUCGCAAGCUGGUGCGAGUCGCGUAAAAUUCCAGUCCCAGACCCACCAUCUCCACUUUCUCCAGUCUCGUGGCAAUGGGAACGUGGAUCAGCCUCUGAGCUCGUCAAGGUACCCAAUGACGCCCAGGAAAAAGACGCUCGAGGCGUGCCUGUGAAUGAUCUUCCAGAAAAGGACAUGAAAACUCCUUGGAAAGAGAAGGCUGAGCUAGCUCCAGAGGCCCUCAGUUGCCCAAGUAUUCAUGAACAUAAGGGUGCACACUUCCAAGAAUGUAACUUCAUGGAUAAAUCUGGGGUUUUCUUGCUUCGUAGAAGUUGUAUGAACCUUUCUUUAGAACUGCAACCCGAAGAUCAAUGGGUAAAUAGGUGUGAGGAUUUGAUUGUAGAUCUUAAAGAGGGUUCUGUGGACCAAAAAUUCCAGGCUGCUGAGAGGGUUCGGGUUCUGGCGAAAUCGAAUGCUAAGGUAAGAUUGCAGCUUGGAGGAGGAGGUGCAAUCCCAGCUCUUGUAGAGUUGCUGAGGGCAGCAGUUGAUGCUGAUGACCAAAUUGCCCAAGAGGUGGUGGCGCUCUCACUCCUCAAUGUUGCCAUCAGUGAUGACAGGAAUAAGGCCGCAGUUGUCACUUCAGGAGGUGUUCCUCUUAUUGUCGAACUACUAAAAGCAGGAGCUAGUCGCGCAUGCAAAGAAGCUGCAGCGGCUGCUCUUCUGACCUUGUCUUGCUUGAAUGAGAACAAGGCUUGUAUAGGCUCCUCUGAAGCAAUUCCUCUCUUGGUGAAUCUGCUCAUAUCUGGCUCAAAUCAGGGACGCAAGGAUGCUCUAACCACACUGUACAAUCUCACUAUAUUAACGGAAAACCGGCUCCGUGUGGUUCGAGCUGAUGCAAUCCCUAUCUUAGUGCAUCUUCUGAGCUUACGCAAAGUGGACUUGUUAGAGAAGAUUGUGGCCUUGUUAUAUAUCCUGGCCUCUAUUGAAGAAGGGAGAUCCACUAUUGCCGAUACUGAAGGCGGCAUAGCUGUGCUGACUGAUAUCCUUGACACGGGCAGUAUCAAGGAGAAAGAGAGUGCCGCUGCCACCCUUUUGUUACUCUGUACUCAUAGCUUCCAGCAUAGCCAACUAGUGUUAGGGGAGGGAGUGAUUCCUGCACUCGUCUCCCUCUCUGUGAGCAACAAUCCGCGUGCUCAAGACAAAGCUCAGAAACUCCUCCAACACUUCCGGGAGGAGCGCCAGAAGGAGACCGUGUUUUCUCACUCGUCUCCUCGAGGAAUAACUCUCAACACAGGAGUAUCGAUUGGUGGCGAGUUGCAACAGAGAUUGCCUCAAUCGAAGGACUUUCCUAGCAGCAGCAGCCCUGGGAAGGAAGGAAGUAAAAAGCUUGGGAAAUCAAGGUCCGGCUCCUUUGGGUUUCUUUGGAAGCCAAGGGUGUCGCUGUCUCUCUAUCAAUGUUAAUAUGCAUCACAUGCAUACACAGAAUGUUUACAUACCUUCAGCUCGUCUAAUGGCAGUAUUUCUUCUUUCUUUUUUAGAUA